UGAAAUCAAGGACAAGGUGAUACUAAAUAAGCAUACAGUGGACUUCACGACUGGCACUGACUUUCCAGGAAACUACCCGCUCUUACCAGACAAGCCCUGGAACGCCUCCGAGAAACGUAGUGAUGGAAAUAGUCAGUGAGGAGGACUUGGCUACGUUGGAGUUCGACAUAAUGUACACUGAUGCGCCCAUUGCCAAUGCAUUGAGACGAGUGCUUCUCUCGGAGGUCCCGACGGUGGCUAUUGAAAAAGUGCUCAUGUACAACAACACCUCAAUAGUACAAGAUGAAGUGCUGGUGCAUAGACUGGGUCUGGUGCCCCUGGAUGUGGAUGCACGGAGGCUGGAGUGGAGGAAGGGAGCCUCGAGUGACAACAAGGAUAGAGACAACAUAGAGCCAAACAGCAGAGACACUGUCGUGUUUGACCUCAAAGUACGAUGCACAAGAAACAGAACUGCCAAGAAAGAUGAGACAGACAAGAAGAAGUUGUACCAUGAUGCCAACGUGUAUGCCUCGCACCUCAAGUGGGUUCCUCUGGACGAACAGAAGGAACUGUUCCAGGAACAUGAACCGAAGCCUCUUUAUGGAGACAUACUCGUGGCAAAGAUGCUACCAGGACACGAGAUUGACUUGCGUUGUUUAUGCUAUAAAGGUAUUGGAAGAGAUCACGCUAAAUUUUCGCCAGUCGCCACUGCCUCUUACCGAUUGAUGCCCUACAUCAAAUUAAAAGAACCCAUUUAUGAUGAGGAAGCAUUCAAACUUCAGGGGUUUUUUGCAAAUGGAGUCAUCGCAGUUGAACCUACCAAGAAAGGACGAAUGACUGCACGCGUCGAUAAUGUAAGAGCGGACACGUGCAACAGACAAGUGCUAGAAGAUGAAGAAAUGAGUCCGAAAGUGGAAAUUUCAAAAAUCAGAGACCAUUUUUUGUUUACUGUUGAAAGUGUUUCAUUCUUUAGACCAGACGAGUUAGUUGUCGAGGCUUUGGAUGUGCUAUGUGCUAAAUGUGACACAUUGAUUGAAUUUUUAGGAAAUUGAUUGAUAGUUGAAUGAAAUUUACAAUUUAUUUUUGUUCAGAA